UCCACCACUUAUUUCUUUGCUGAUUAAACUAUCUUCUUCUCUUUCACACCUUCUCUUACUAUCACAAACUUUGCAGAGACAUUUUCUGGAGCAUUAAUGGCCACGAUUUCUUGCCAUCUUCUGUUUCUGAACACUCCUCGCUCACACCCAUAUUCACAACAGCCUCAAGCUAAACCACUCUCACGUGGGCGGCCUCAGUUCCAAUCCAGAAUCAGAACUAAACCCACUAGUGCAUCAUUCAUCAAAGCUCAAGCCGAAGCUCCAAAGGAGGAAAUUGUCAUCGUAGGCGCUGGGAUUGGUGGGCUUGCCACUGCGUUAUCUCUUCACAGGCUUGGACUUCGUUCGUUGGUGCUUGAGCAGGCAGAGUCACUUCGGACUGGUGGAACUUCACUUACCCUUUUCAAGAAUGGCUGGCGUGUGUUGGAUGCAAUAGGAAUAGGCAACGAUCUCAGGGGACAGUUUCUUGAAAUUGAAGGGAUGGUGGUAAAGUCAGAAGAAGGGAGGGAGUUGAGGUCCUUCAGAUUUAAAGAUGAAGAUGAAAGCCAGGAGGUCCGUGCUGUGGAAAGGAGGAUACUUUUGGAGACUCUCGCCAAUCAGUUGCCACCAGGUGCAGUACAUUUUUCUUCAAAGCUAGCCAAAAUUGAAAGAACUGAAAAUGGUGAAAUUAUGUUGGAACUUGUGGACGGGACUCGACUAUUUACAAAGAUCUUAAUUGGCUGUGAUGGGAUCCGGUCUUCAGUAGCCAAGUGGAUGGGAUUCUCUGAACCAAGGUAUGUUGGCCAUUGUGCUUUCCGUGGCCUUGGAUUUUAUCCUGAAGGGCAGCCAUUUGAACCAAAAGUCAAUUACAUAUAUGGUAGAGGAUUGCGAGCUGGAUAUGUUCCUGUUUCUCCUACAAAAGUAUACUGGUUCAUCUGCUUUAACAGGCCAUCACCAGGUCCGAAAAUUAGCGACUCAUUUGUGCUGAAGAAUCAAGCUAAAGAACUAGUCAGAAACUGGCCUUCAGACCUAAUGAAAAUUAUAGAUCUCACACCUGAUGACACGAUCAUUAGAACACCACUUGUAGACCGUUGGCUAUGGCCAGCCAUCAGCCCUGCAGCUUCAGAUGGCCAAGUGGUUCUAGUUGGAGAUGCGUGGCACCCAAUGACUCCGAAUCUCGGGCAAGGAGCCUGUUGUGCUCUGGAAGAUGCAGUAGUUCUGGCAAGGAAGCUUGCCAAUGCAAUCAAGUCUGAAACAGAAUCUGUAGAGGGUGCUCUUAGAUCUUAUGGAACUGAAAGAUGGCCCCGUGUCUUUCCACUAACCAUACGUGCAAAUGUUGUGGGAUCAGCCUUGCAGUGGGAGAAUCCGGUUGUGUGUUCUCUUAGGAACAAUCUUAUCAUCCCUAAGCUUGUUAGGCUUGGACCAUUGUUGGAGCAUACCAAUUUCGAGUGCAAGUCCCUAUAGAAAAGAAGAAUAUUUCAUAUUUCAGUGCAGCAAGACAUGAUUUGGGGAAGAGUACUAGAAAGCCCAAACCUUCUCCCAUUUAGAACUUCGAAUUAUUGCUGCUCUGUAACUUAUGUAAAGAGACUCUUACAAGUUUCCAUAGAGUUAUAGAACACAUACUUUCGAAAAAACUUGAGUUUAGUAGACAUAAACUGCACUCAAAAUCAUGUUUUUAUAAACUGAAUUCAACAUUUACAACUGUGUUCAUAUGAAAUGGCAUAAGAAU